CGGAAGCCGGAAGCGCUUCUUUCUUGGUGGGAGUUGACUGCGCGUUGAGGCCGGCCUUGAGGAGGAGGCGAGAAGUAAUUUGUGGAGGGAAGGGGAACCCGAGGGAGGCUUGGCAAAGUCGGCAGGGCAGGCCUGGCGGCUGGAGGGGCAGCAGGAGCACGACCAGGAGAAGCCCCAGCCAUGGCUUCCAUAUUGGACCAGUAUGUGGACUCGCUUUCUCACUCGGCCUCGUCGCCGCAGAGCCGCGCCAGCCUCGGGAUCCCGCACUCCGGUUACGUGAACGCUCGCCUGGAAAAAGAGACACCAAUUUUUAACAAACAGAGGAUUGAUUUCACCCCUCCUGAGAAGAUUAACAGUCUGGUUGUCUCCUCUAACCAACUGUGUAUGAGUCUUGGGAAAGACAUACUUUUUAGACUUGACUUGGCCAAGGCAGAUGAGCCCAACCAGGUAGAGCUUGGACGGAAAGAUGAAGCCAAAGUUCAUAAGCUCUUUUUAGACCACACAGGUUCACACCUUAUCAUUGCCCUGAAUACCAGCGAGUGCCUCUAUUUGAGCCGAAGUGCUCAGAAGGUGCGCAUCCUGUCCCGCUGGAAAGGUCAUUUGAUUGAAAGUGUCGGCUGGAACAAGUUCUUUGGCACGGAGAUGAACACAGGCCCCAUUUUGGUUGGGACAUCGCAAGGUCAUAUUUACGAGGCUGAAAUUUCCGUCAGUGAAGGCAGUCUCUUUGGCACUAAUCCUGACCAGUAUUUCCGCCUCAUUUAUAACCUGGAGGAGGAAGCGGGACCUGCCCCUGUCUGCUGCCUUGAGAUCGAACGGGGCAUUGAUGGGAAAUGCUUCAUCAUUGCCACCACUCGCAAAAGGCUUUUCCAGUUUGUUGGCAAGAUCCCAGAAGGAUCAGAGCAGCAGGCCUUUGGUGCCAUAUUUAGCAUGCCCGCAGAUCACUUGCCUGGCUUCCGAGAGUUUCCAGCUAGUCUUGGCUACAGUGAAAUAGCCUUCUACACUCCAAAGCUCCGUUCCUCUCCUAGUGCUUUUGCUUGGAUGAUGGGAAAUGGUGUCCUGUAUGGGUCACUGGACUAUGGACGUCUUGACUCUAUUCUGAGUGAUGAGCAGGUCUGGGAAUAUCCUUCUGAUGUGGAUGCAGUAGCCAAUAAGCCUAUCUCCAUAGUUCUCACUCAGUUCCACUUUCUGCUGCUGUUUCCUGACCACGUGAAGGCUGUCUGCACUUUGAAUGGACAGGUUGUCUUCCAGGACAUGUUCUUGGAAAAGUUUGGCUCUCUGAAGCGUAUGAUCAAAGAUCCCUCAUUUGGGCAGAUCUGGAUUCACACCGAAAAAGUGGUGUUUCGGUACAAUGUCCAGCGAGAGUCUCGCGAUGUAUGGAAGAUGUAUAUGAACGUGAAUAAGUUUGACCUGGCAAAAGAGUAUUGCAAGGAUCGCCCUGAGUGCCUAGAUACUGUGUUGGCAAAGGAGGCAGAAUACUGUUUCCAGAACAGGAGAUACCUUGACAGUGCAAAAUGUUAUGCGUUGACCCAGAAUUACUUUGAGGAGAUUGCCCUUAAGUUUAUCGAAGCUCAGCAGGAAGAGGCCUUGAUGGAAUUCCUAAUUAAAAAACUAGCUAACCUCAAGCAGUCAGAAAAAACUCAGACUACCUUGCUGACAACUUGGCUAACGGAGCUGUACCUAAAUCGCCUGGGCAUACUAGAAGGAGAUGCCUCCAAAAGGGACCUCUAUGAGAAAACUCGCGACAAGUUCCGCAGCUUCCUGGGCAGCCCCAAAAACAAAGAAUGCCUGUUUAACAACCGAGCAACCAUUCACGAGCUGUUGGCAAGCCACGGGGACACAGAACAUAUGGUGUACUUUGCUGUCAUAAUGCAGGACUAUGAGCGGGUGAUAGCCCAUUAUUGUCAGCAUGAGAAUUACAACGAAGCACUCGAAGUCCUCUCCAAAAUCAAGGAUGAGAAUCUGUUCUACAAGUUUUCUCCUGUUUUGAUCCACCACAUCCCCAAGAAGGUUGUAGAUGCUUGGAUUGAAAUGGGCAAGAAACUGGAUGCGAAGAACCUCAUCCCUGCCCUGGUCAACUAUAGUCAGAGUGGGAGUACACAGCAGGUCAAUGAAGCCAUUCGCUACAUGGAAUUCUGUGUGAGCGAACUGAAGGAAACUCAGCAAGCCAUUCACAAUUACCUGUUGUCACUCUAUGCUUUGUGUCGCCCUGACUCACUGUUAUCAUACCUGGAACAAGCUGGAACGUAUGCAGACAACAUCCACUACGACUUGAAAUACGCACUUCGUCUCUGUGCAGAACAUGGCCACCACCGUGCCUGUGUCCAUGUGUACAAAGUUAUGGAGAUGUAUGAAGAAGCUGUGGAUCUAGCUUUGCAGGUUGAUGUUGAUAUGGCAAAGUCCUGCGCAGACCUCCCUGAUGAGGAUGAAGAGCUGAGAAAGAAGCUCUGGCUGAAGAUUGCACGACAUGUGGUCCAGGAAGAGAAGGAUGUCAAGAAGGCUAUGGCCUGCCUUUCUAGCUGUGAGCUGCUGAAGAUUGAAGAUGUCCUGCCUUUCUUCCCAGACUUUGUCACUAUUGAUCACUUCAAGGAAGCCAUCUGCAACUCUCUUGAGGCCUACAACAAGCACAUAGAGGAGUUGAAGACAGAGAUGGAGGAAGCAACCCAGAGCGCUAAGAGGAUCAGGGAGGACAUUCAGGAGAUGCGGAACAAAUACGGCUCUGUGGAACCCCAGGAGAAAUGUGCAGCUUGUGACUUUCCACUUCUAAACCGUCCCUUUUAUCUCUUUCUUUGUGGUCACAUGUUCCAUUAUGAUUGCCUUCUCCAGGUAGUUUAUCCAAAUUUGCCUGCCUAUAAGCAGGUUAAGCUGGAGGACCUUCAAAAGAAGCUUUCAGCCACAAGCCAACCAUCCAAAUCCCACCAUCGUCCUAAGGAUACAGAUGCAAUUGGUCAAGGAAAGGGCCAGCCGAGUCGAGAACAGAUGAAAGCUGAUAUCGAUGAUAUUGUGGCUGCUGAAUGUGUAUACUGUGGAGAACUAAUGAUCCGGUCAAUUGACAAACCUUUCAUUGAUCCGCAGAGGUAUGAGGAAGAGAUGCAGAGCUGGUUGUAGGGUCAACAGGUUUCUGACUGAACAGGAGUGUCAAAUGGUCUCGCAGAGUAGGCAGCUGACUUCCAAGUAUUUGAAACUUGGAUUCUACAGAGGUUUGCAGCAGUAUUACGCAAGUCUCAUUCUCUGUGAGUCAGCUCUGUGGAAUGCUAAUUAUGCAAAGCACUUCAGCUGCUGGAUUUGUGGAGAUGCAUCCUCCGUAUAAGUGCCGAAUGGAUUUUUUCUUGUUGAAUGAGAACUAAAAAUGAUGGCUAGUGUCACAGUUGGGCAAUUCCCCUGUUUCCGUGAAGAACUAGACAAUGGUGGAAAUGCCCCAUUACAUAUAUUAACACACACAAGAGAGAUUAAAAUGUGAAGCUUCUCUUUGUUAUAAGCAAAUAAAAGUGCACAGUCUCUUGAAAACGAUUCAGUGUGCACAAAAGCUGAAAAUGAGUAAAUGUGCACAAACCCCAUUUCUGAACAUGCAUCUUUCUGUUAAUAUUGUGUUAAGUAUUGUGUUCUAUAUGCAAACAAAGCGAUUUCAUGUAAACACCAUGUCUCCUUGUCUCUUGGAAUGAUACUGUACUUUUCCCUGCUCCCCAGUCUCUUGAAAUCUUAUUUGAAGCAGAAGUUAAAAUUUGCUUUAGGGUUUCUUCAUGUUAUUCAAAGUAAAUGGAAUAAGCGAUGGCAUUGGUCACUGGAAACAUUUGUGCAAAUCUGAGGUAAACUUUAACAAACUUUAAACUUUAACACUGGCCAAGUUGGAGGAGUACCAAUUGUGACAUUAAUAAAAUCACUUUUCUGGAUCUAUCUGUUGGCUGGUGACCUUAAAACAAUAGGUUUAAUAGCCAAUUCUACAGUUGAAUUGGGAAACUCGGGAUCCAGUUUUGGUGAUCCUGAAAUGUUCAUUGGAAAUUAAGAUCUGAGCAACAAUUGAGUUUGGCCUCAAGGCCUAAAGCUGAUUUCUGUCUCUUUCUUAAAAGGGUAUGUAGUUGUGUAUGUACACUUUAGUAGAGAGCAGGUAAUAUGGAAUGCCAACUAAGGAACUUGAAGUUUCAAAUGUUUCAAAAGGACUUAAUCACUGAACCCGUGUUAUCUAAUAGCUUUUGUUCUGUACUGCCAUUAAUAAUGUUGUAAAUUAUAUCUAUACCUGAAAGUUUCCAUAGUAAAUCUCCUUCUUUGAUUAUAGUGUUGAUUUGUACAGAUUUCCCUUUUUAAUUGCAUAUCAGAAAUCCCUGAAAUAGCUGGUUGACUUCAGAGUUUCUGUUGACUUUUGUUUUAAAGUUUCCAGUUUUGCUGCAAUUUAGUUGAAAGCAAAUACAUGCAAAUUUAUUUUGUAUAGUGA